AAAGGGAUAGAUAGAUAGAUUUGUGGGAAAGAGAAAGAGAGAAUUUUGAAAUGGAAAGUGAAACUUAGCAGCAGCGUAGCGCCCUAUAAAUAGCAGCGAUGAUGUUGUCAUCAUAUACCCAUUGCCAUUGCCGCUUCCUCCUUCCUUUCUUCUUCUUCUUCAAAUCCCACUCUUCUUCUUCAUUCCUCCUUAGAACAAAAACAACAACAAGAAUGGGUUCGCUCUCUGCCUUACAUGAUGAGGUCAUCCAAUAUCCCAUUGCUCGCAGAGACCACUCCAUCGUUGAUAACUAUCACGGUGUUAACAUUCCCGACCCUUACCGAUGGCUUGAAAAUCCUGAUUCAGAACAAGUCAAGCACUUUGUACAAAAACAGGUUGUGUUGACGGAUUCAGUGCUCAAAACAUGCGAUUAUUUUAGAACCAAACUUGGUGAAACUAUAAAAAAGGUGUUUGAUCAUCCUCGUUAUUCUGCUCCUUUCAAAAGAGGGUCUAACACAUACUUUUACUUCCACAAUACCGGUCUUCAACCUCAGAGCGUCCUUUAUGUCCAGGAUGGUUUCGAGGCUCAACCACAGGUUUUGCUUGAUCCCAAUCUUCUCAGUCAUGAUGGCACCGUUUCACUCAACACUUACUCUGUUACCAAAGAUGCUAACUUCUUGGCUUAUGGACUCAGUUCAAGUGGUAGUGACUGGGUCACCAUAAAGGUCAUGCGUCUUCAUCACAACCUUCUUCAGCCUGAUACUUUGUCCUGGGUUAAGUUUUCCUCUAUUAGUUGGACACAUGAUAGCAAAGGUUUUUUUUACAGCCGCUAUCCCGCUCCAACAAUCAAGGAUGGGGAACUGGUUGAUGCUGGGACUGAGACUGAUGCUAACCUUUAUCAUGAACUCUAUUAUCAUUUUCUCGGCACCGAUCAGUCGCAGGAUAUUCUGUGCUGGAGAGAUCCUCACAACCCUAAAUAUAUGUUUGGAACAAGCGUCACUGAUGACGGAAAGUAUGUUCUUCUCUCUAUUGAAGAAGGGUGUGAUCCGGUUAACAAAAUAUACUACUUUGACUUGACCAAACUACCUAAUGGUCUGGAAGGUUUUCGGAAUGAAAAUUCCGUCCUCCCUUUUGUAAAGCUUAUUGAUAACUUUGAUGCAAAGUAUCAACCCAUUGCAAAUGAUGACACUGUGUUUACAUUUUUAACUAAUAAAGAUGCUCCAAAAUAUAAACUAGUCCGAGUAGAUUUGAAAGAACCAAAUACUUGGACUGAUGUUAUCCAAGAAUCUGAGAAAGAUGUACUGGAGUCAGCAUAUGCUGUGAAUGGUAACCAACUGAUAGUGAGCUACUUGAGUGAUGUGAAAUAUGUUCUGCAAGUAAGAGACUUAGAAACAGGUUCCCUGCAGCAUCAAUUACCAAUUGACAUAGGCACAGUUAGUGAAAUAUCUGCACGGCGUGAAGAUAGUGUGGUUUUCAUUGGCUUUACAAGCUUUUUAACUCCCGGUAUCAUAUAUCAAUACAACCUGGAAACACAGAUUCCUGACAUGAAGAUCUUUCGUGAGAUUGUUGUCCCUGGGUUUGACCGCUCUGAGUUUCAUGUCAAUCAGGUUUUUGUGCCUAGUAAAGAUGGUACCAAGAUCCCAAUGUUCAUUGUUGCCAGAAAGGAUAUUAUUUUAGAUGGUUCACACCCUUGUUUGUUAUAUGGAUAUGGUGGGUUUAACAUCAGUCUUACACCAUUUUUCAGUGCCAGCCGUAUUGUCCUGGCGAAACAUUUAGGUUCUGUUUUCUGCAUAGCAAAUAUUCGAGGUGGUGGAGAAUAUGGAGAGGAAUGGCAUAAAGCAGGAUCCCUUGCAAAAAAGCAAAAUUGCUUUGAUGACUUCAUUUCUGCAGCUGAAUACCUUGUAUCUACUGGUUAUACCCAACCCAAAAAAUUAUGCAUUGAAGGUGGAAGCAAUGGUGGACUUCUUGUUGGCGCUUGCAUUAAUCAGAGACCUGAUCUUUUUGGGUGUGCACUGGCUCAUGUUGGGGUUAUGGACAUGUUGCGGUUCCACAAAUUCACUAUAGGUCAUGCUUGGACCUCAGAUUUUGGUUGUUCUGACAAAGAGGAAGAAUUUCAUUGGCUAAUCAAGUACUCACCAUUGCAUAAUGUCCGGAGACCAUGGGAACAACAUCCAGACAAGUCAAUUCAGUACCCAUCAACAAUGCUAUUGACAGCUGAUCAUGAUGAUCGUGUUGUACCAUUGCAUUCAUUGAAGCUUUUAGCGACCAUGCAGCAUGUCCUUGUUACUAGCCUGGAUAAAAGUCCCCAGACAAACCCAAUAAUUGCUCGAAUUGAAUGCAAAGCUGGACAUGGAGCUGGUCGUCCAACACAGAAAACGAUUGAUGAAGCUGCUGACCGGUAUGGUUUUAUGGCAAAGAUGUUAGAGGCUCUUUGGAUUGAGUAGAGUUGGAGGUGGAUAUCAUUUCUUUCUUUUCCACCCAUGACAAUUUGAUAAUAACGGAACAGCAUUAGGUGGUUUCUUGAAUACUAUACAGCCAUGGCAGUGGCCUAAGAAGGCUUGUUAUAUUCAGUCAUUUUUGUUUUCCCUUUCUCGACACAAUAGAAAAGUUAUCACUCUUCAAUAAUAACAUUAUUACACUACAUAGGUUGCAAUAUGAAAUGUACAUAUCCCCUUGUAUUAUUGGAAUGGAACAAGAUUCCUCCUGAAAUAUUCAAGAAUGAAUGCUAAUUAAUGUAAUAA